UGGUGUUGGCGAUCAGAGCAUUGGGGGUUCCGAGAUUCUGGUCGGCUUGAGGAGAGAAGAGGAGGCUGGAAUUAGCGGCCAUGGCGGUGAGGGGGAUUUGGCAUUGCUCUCUGAGUGGAUGUUUUUUACUUCUCUUAAAUGAAAAAAUUUCGUAUCACUUGCUUCUGAAGUUGAGAACCAUAGUUAUGUUGGGGGAAGAGUGCAAUUAUUCUAAUUUGCAGGCAUUAUGAUAAGAAGGGUAUGGAAAAUUCAUUACCUGGAGAAGAUAGUGGACAUGACUUAUUCUCUUUGCAGAUCAGACUUAUAUAUGUGAGAGAAACAAGGCAAUUGAUCAUAAAGAUUAGCCAACAGGAUAAUGGACACAGUUCUUUCAACAAAGCAUACAGUAUUUUUACCUAGUUGGGCAUGUUACAAGUAUGGGAUUUCUCAGGACAGACAAACCAGUUUUUUCUCAAUGACAACCUGUCAUCUGUGGAUAUGGUCCGUUCUCAUGAGGAGAUUCUCUUAGAGUUGCAUGUUUAUGGCUUGCCUUGUAGCAUCAAUGAGAAGGAAAGCAGUGAUGAGAAUGUUGCACUGACACAGCCUACAAUGAAUGGCCCUUCCUCGUGUUCUGCACUUACAGUGAAUGACUCUUCUCCGAGAUCUGCACUUACAAUGAAUGGCUCUCCUCCGAGAUCUGCACUUACAAUUAAUGGCUCUCCUCCGAGAUCUGCACUUACAAUUAAUGGCCCUUCCUCGAGUUAUGCGCUUACAAUGGAUGGCAGUGCGGAUAAACUGAACUUUUUUUCUAAAGUUCCUCAGUCAGAUGCAGCUUGUAGUGCUGUGAAUGGCAGUGGUUCUUUGGGCUUGACCGGACUGUACAACCUUGGAAAUACUUGUUUCAUGAACAGUGCUGCCCAGUGCUUGGUUCAUACACCCAAGCUAGUUGAUUAUUUUCUUGGAAACUUCAGGAAGGAUCUGAAUUAUGAAAAUCCGUUGGGCAUGAAUGGCAAGCUUGCUAUAGUAUUUGGGGACCUACUUCGAAAGUUGUGGGCUCCUGAGGCAACACCAGUGGCUCCAAGGAUGUUUAAGUCAACUAUCUCCAGUUUUGCUCCUCAAUUUGGUGGAUACAAUCAACAUGAUUCCCAAGAAUUUCUUUCUUUUUUGUUGGAUGGCCUCCACGAAGAUCUCAACCGUGUAAAAAGAAAACCCUAUGUACAGGCAAAAGAAGAAGAUGGUCGAUCUGAUGAAGAAGUGGCCGAUGAAUAUUGGGAGAACCAUUUAUCACGCAAUGAUUCGGUCAUAGUAGAUUUGUGUCAAGGUCAAUAUCGAUCAUCAUUGGUUUGCCCCGUUUGCAAAAAGUUGUCUGUUACAUUUGAUCCAUUUAUGUACCUGUCAUUACCACUUCCUUCUUCAACAAUGCGAAAGAUGACUUUGACAAUCUUGAGCACUGAUGGGAAUAAUUUGCCACACCCAGUUACAGUUACAGUCCCUCACAAUGGUACCCGCAAAGAUCUUGUUGAUGCCCUUGGUACAGCUUGUUCAUUAAGAGAUGAUGAAACAUUGUAUAUUUCUGAGAUAUACAAUAAUUCAAUCCUCCAGGCCUUGGACAAUCCCAUUGGUUCUAUAGAGCUAAUCAGAGACUAUGAUAAACUCGUUGCUUAUAGAUUACCAAAAGACAUGGAUGGCUGUCCUUUGGUCGAGUUUACACAUCAGCUGGAGGAGAAGUCAUAUCUACAUUCUUUCCCGUCUUUCAGGAAGUUUGGCAUUCCUCUUGUAGCAAGAAUUUCUGACUUUUCAAAAGGAUCCGAGAUAUGUAAAGCGUUUCUUAAAAUCAUCAGUCCCUUCUUACUUCCUCGUGAAGAAGAAUCCUUGACUGAUUUAGAUUCAAGGGAGAAUGCCCAAGAGGAUACAGAAACAGAGGAUACAGUUUCAGAUGAAGCUGAAAAUUUAAAAGAUGAAACAGAAAAUAAUUUGGAUUCUCAGAGUGACUUCGAGUUCCACAUGGAAAAUGGUGCUUACUCAAAUGGUGUCAGGAUACAGAUGGACAAGCCAGUGCCUACAUUAAACUAUGGUCAGCGCAUUAGAGUGCUUGUUACUUGGUCUCGGAAAAUGUUUGAAGAUUAUGAUACCUCAAUGCUAAGCCAGUUGCCGGAAGUAUGUAAGACUGCGUCCAUGUCAAAGGGGACUCAAGAUUCUAUUUCACUUUAUAAAUGUGUAGAAGCCUUCUUGAAAGAGGAGCCUCUUGGACCAGAAGACAUGUGGUACUGUCCUAAUUGCAAGGAGCACAGGCAGGCUGGCAAAAAGUUGGAUUUGUGGAGAUUACCAGAGAUCCUGGUCAUUCAUUUAAAAAGGUUUUCUUACACUAGAUUUUCGAAAAACAAGCUGGAGACUUUUGUGGAUUUCCCUGUUGAGAACUUUGAUCUCUCCAAUUACAUUCUUAAGAAAAAUAACAAGGACUCCCAUCGUUAUAUGUUAUAUGCGAUAAGCAAUCAUUAUGGCGGCAUGGGCGGUGGUCAUUAUACUGCAUUUGCUAAACAUAGAGUCGAUAGUUGGUACGAGUUUGAUGAUAGCCAUGUCUAUCCUGUUACUGAGGAGCAGAUAAAGACUCAAGCUGCUUAUGUUCUAUUCUACAAGAGAGUAUAAUUUGUUGACACUCAGCUCAGGAAAUUUUUGCUUACUGGAUGGGAGUAUUCACACAAGAAAAUCUAGGGGUAUUAAGAUCAUCUACAAGGAUUCUACAAAACAAGAUGGCAUUGUAGAAACAAAAGUGAAGUAGUGAUUUUAAUCAUGUGGUACUGCAAAAUUGAUUCCAUUUUGCAUUUUUCCCCUUUAGUUUUGAGCAUUGGAAUCACAUAUUUGUGUUUCUGCAGUUCAAAAGAAUAGAAAAAUAGUGGGUGGAAGCUUGGGGGAGAAAUCUGCCAAUUGAAUAGAAAUCUGGGAUGUGUUUCGAUGGAUUUUCUUUUGAUAAAAUCCUCAUUUUGUCC